AUGUACCUCGCGCCGUCCUGGAUGACGCCCGAGCUGCCUUCGCAGUGGCAGCCUAGCUUCUCCCCAGCGCUGCCUCUGCUCCUCGGCCAAUUCUUCUGGCUCUUCCUGCUCUGCCUGACGCUCCCAUCAGCCUCGACGACGCUCAAGCUGCUCCGCCUUGCAAGCUUCCCCUUUAUCGCCUACAACGCGCUGCGCAUCUCGUUCGACCUCUCGUACACGCUCGGCAACCCGCUCCGCGACGCCUCCAUCCCCACUGUGACAUGGGCGCUCCUCGUCAAGGCCAUCGAAGUCUGCCUCGCUCUCACGCUCAACUCGCUGUACGACCCAGCAAAAGCCGGCGGCCCAUGCUGGAUCAAGCCUUUCCGCAUCCCUACUCGGGCGGAGGAGAAGGACGCCAAGGUCAACAGCGGCGGUCCCGUGCAAGAACUGGCCUCUGGUGAGGAUGAAUCGGCCCUCGAAUGGCGACCGGUGCCCUUUCCAAGCUGGCUAUCUUGGGGCAGGAUCGUCUAUGCGGUCGACGUCAUGUGCCUGCGACGACCGGGGACCUCGUUGCUGCUGCCCAACCAGAGAAGGGCGCUGCAGUGGUCGCAGGACGACCUCAACGCCUGGGCAGACUACCUUCGAACAGAGCACAAGCGUCCCGAACAGGUCCCGCCGCACGCCCAUGUUCACCGCUUCGGACAGGCAGAGACGUCGAUCCUCACGGCCGCUGCGCAGUUCGCCUUCCUCGGUCUCGGGAUGAGCUGGAUCUACCUGCUGGCAAGCCCGGCAAGCAAGACGCUGUGCGCGUCCGGCCUCGUGGUCCCGGUCUCGAAGCGAGCGUCGUCGACGCUGCUCAGGAUCGCACCGUGGCUCUUCCAGCGGUGCAGCUCGCCCGUCGACCUGCCGAGCUUCUUCGAGAUACCUCUGGUGUCCCAGCUACUCACCGUGGCCAUCUUUGGCGCGGGAGUCUGCUUCAGCACGGGGCUGCCCGAGGCGUUGCUCCUGAAGCUGUGGCGGCCUUCGCCUUCGACGGCCUACCUCCCCGCCUUUGACCGCGCCCUGAGUUCGGCCAGCAUCUCGAGGCUCUGGGCGCGAGGCUGGCACCUCUUCCACUCGCGCGAUUUUGUCCUCAUCUCGCGCCUUCUACCUUUUGGUCACACCCGACCGGGCAAGCUGUUCGGGAGCUUCCUCUGCAGCGCUGCGUUCCACGCCUUCAUCUUCUGCCGCCUCCGCAACACACCGUUGGCCAUCGGGCCGACAAGCGUGGCACACAGCAUGUACGAUCGAGGGAUGUAUAUCUUCUUCCUGUGCCAGGCAGGCGGCAUCCUGGUCGAACGGCAGGCCCUCGAUCUGAUCAAGUCGACCGAAUUCGCAAAGCGACACCCGCGCUUCAUCCGCAUGGCACGCCGGGUCUGGCUCUUCGUCGUCCUCUUUGCGCCGGGGAGGUACUUUGUCGACUCGGUGCUCUCCAAAGGCCUCAUGACCAAGGCCAUCAUGGACGGAUUCUCGCCCAGGGCGCUCUUGCUGAUGGUCUGUGGCAAGACAUACUGA